AUGAAUUUACACGUCUAUAUUGCCCACUCUGGUGAGCACCUACUGGCUGAUCCAGUAGCCUUUGCUUCUCCUGAUGCGCUGAAAUCAUGGGUCGUCCGAAACACAUCGAUACCUCCUGCCAGGCAGAUCUUGAUGACUGCCCGGGGGAAAAACGUGAAAACACAAACGCUCGCUACGGAGACUGAGAUAUUCGUAUACGACCGACAAUAUGUAAGCGAGUCUGGCGAAAUUGAGCUUCCGAUGCUCCCUGCGCCCGAUCCCUUUCAGCCAGGCAGCCCUCCGGCUUCCCUUACCGAUCAGAACGAUCUGCAGGCAUGGCGAAACCUUUUCAUGGCAAGGAAAACCUGGGCACAGGGCUUCUCAAGUCGCUGUGGGGCGACGGAUAAGAUGAUUCAAGAGCAUAACCAGCGAACUGAUGUCAUCAAUCGUGCUGUGGGUGUCGCACUUGAGAACCUCAAGUCUCACGUGGGCAAUCUGGAGCAUCGGUUUCAAGAGGCUCAGUCAUGGGCUUCUAAUCUACUAGAGGAGCAACAGAUCGCGCUGGCAGGCUGGCAAGACGCCCUAGCUCGACUAGAGAAUAUACCAGCCCGGAAAGAUUUCCCUCUACUUGGACGUCCAUCCACACCUAAGAAAGAUACCAAUCGACCGACGGGCACUUUGAAUGAUUUUGUUGAUGGAAAUGAGGUUUUACAAGCUGGAGCCGAUGCAGCCGUUGCAUCGCCGCGCUUUGCUGGGCAGAUGGAAGAUAUUGCGAAGACUGUCGGUAAGACCGCGUCAGAUACCCAACGCUUGGUUGAUGACAUUAUCUCCUCGCCUGCUGAAGUAGACGAGGGUCUACUUGCUGAAGUGGAAACCAUUGCAAAGAAGAUCGGAACGGACUACGAGCAUGUUCUUGGGGUCCCAAAUAAUCAAAAGUCGCUGGCAAAUAUCUCCAGACUUGCACUCAACCACACCCAAAAUCUUCUCCCUUCUCUGUUAGCGGCCGGUGCAGAUCUGCAUCAAUCUCUUGUGUAUUCUGUGCGGCGACGUGGCUCUGCAGAGAAAACCGCCCUCCAAUACAUGCGAACCAUCUCAGUACUACAGUCGCGCCUGGCAGACACACAUACUCGUCUGAUCAACCUUGAUGUGAACACAAAUGCUUUCGAGGUAAUUGACGCAGUAUUUCAGUUGCCAAUGGUCUACGGCUCAAUUCUGAUCGAAUCUGUGCGGCGCCACGAGUGGACAGGCAAGAUCAAGGCGGAUUCUUUGAAUUUGGCUGAAGAAAUGGCUAUUCUCCGAGACGAAGAACAAAGACGCCGAAAGAAAUGGGUCAAAAGCAUGGGAGAUCACAUUUCCUUCGGAGAUUCUACAACUCUUGGGAUCGAAGUGAAUCUUCAAGGGCAGGCGGAAGAAUGGCCUGAGGUGGCUCGAAAAGAAAUUGAGACUUACAUAGAAGAGCUACGAUCAAAGCACUCUCUUCCGAAAAUCGCGGACGAUCUAUCUCAGCAGUUUAAGGACUUGGAUACCCCUUCGCGCCAGCAAAGACGGCGAGCUAAGGCAUUCAAGAAUGGUAGUGUGUUUGACAUGGGUCGAAGCUCCAUGCUGCUACGCGGGGAUGACAUGGUCCGAAGCCUGCAGGAUGAAAAGACAAAACUGCAAGAGCGAGUCAAAGGCUCAGAGAGCCGGAUUCGCAAGCUGGAGGACCUUCUUCAUCGCCAAAGCCACUUUAGUCGACCUUCCAGUGGGAACUUUGGACCUGAUUUCCCCAGCUCGCCGGCAUCUCCACAUCCCGACACCCUUUCCAGGCGGUCUUCUGUUUCAUCGAGACGGGUAUCCAUGACGCAGUCCCCAGAAGACAGAGCUCUUGUGCAGCGCAUAGUCUCCCUUGAAGCUGAGCUAAUGACCGAAAGAGAAACUGUACAGAGGCUUCAAAAAGAGGCUCAUACCGAGCGUCAGACCAGUUCUGACAAGUACCAAGAAGCUCAGUCAACCAAGAAGGAUCUGAUUGGGAACCUCGAGGCACGGCAACGUGAGUUCGAGGAUGAGCGAAAAUACUUGGAAGCGGAAGUCAAGAAGUGUCGACUUCGUAACGAGGAGUUGGAGGAGGAAUUAGAUAAGCUUACGGACAGUCGGGAUCAUGACAAACAAGAAGCCGAGGAACAUAUCCAUCAACUUGAGGCUGAAUUGCAAAGUGCUAACGCGAAUGCGGCCGAGAAGACUCAAAAGAUCAAGGGUCUCGAUGAUCGUAUCCAACACCAACAAGAGAAGGAGCAGGCGCUUCAAGACGAGGUCAAGGAUCUUGCGCGCCAAAAUAACGAUUUGAGCCGGAAAGACCGAGAUAACUAUCAUGCUAUACAGUCGGCGUUCAUGAAUCUUUCUCCAGGCGGAUCUGUACCGCCCGAACUCCCUGGUAUAAUUCACGCCAUCGAGAUACUCUCCGAGGGCUUGGCAAUCCACGCCAGGAGCGCCGAAGAUAGUGCGUCAAAGGCGAUGGCUGAGAUGAAAGCUCUUGAGGAACAAACCAAUACGCUCCGAUCACAACUAGAAGAAAAGGGUAAACUUCUCGAGGGUCGUGAGGCUGAAGUGGCUAAGUUGUCAGAAGAGCUUUCUCAGGUGCGAACUGAGAUGGACAGUACAAAAUGUGAACUGGACCAGGAACGCACGAAGCUGAAUACUUUGCAUUCCCAGGUGUCUGCAGGCGAGAUAGGCUCAGAUGCGCUGCGAGAGAAAAUUGCAGAGGAGGAAAGGAAACGCGCAGAUUUGUCACAGAGACUAGUCGAUGCAGAAUCCAAGGCUCGGGAUUUACAAGACAAGAAAGCUGAAUGGGAAAAGAAAAUCGAGGCGUCCUCAGAGGCAGACCGAGAUGCUCAAACUCGCUACGAAGGCCGGGUCAGUAAAUGUUACGAGACGUCCCGGCAACUUUACUCGCAGGUCGAUAAGUUGGAGCGGAUGCUCGAGCAAUUGGGAUUCGCAGUCAUUCAGCAAGAUGGGCAUAUUAUCGUCCAGCGAGCAUCAAAGCUUGCCGCUUCGGCGUCUGGACUGGGCGAGAGCCUCGCACAAUCUGGAAUUGUUUCUGCCAAGCCCGAUAGUUCACUGCUCGAGUGGAUGAAAGCCGUGAGCCCAGAAGAGGAAGAUAUCAAAUUUUCCGCCUUUCUCAAGAGUCUUUCUCGAUUUGAUGUUUCCAUUUUCGGGGACGUAGUCGUGAAGCGCGUGAAAGACAUUGAGGUACUCGCACGCAAGUGGCAAAAGGAAGCCCGCGGCUAUCGUGAAAAGUAUCAUCGGGUUCAGAGUGAAGCUCACGACAAGAUUGCCUACCGGUCUUUCAAGGAAGGCGACCUCGCCCUGUUCCUCCCAACCCGAAAUCAGGCCAUUCGUUCUUGGGCCGCCUUUAAUGUUGGUGCUCCGCAUUACUUCCUGCGUGAACAAGACUCGCACAAGCUCAACAGUCGUGAUUGGUUGCUUGCCCGCAUUUCCAAGAUUGAAGAACGCGUUGUAGACCUUUCGAAAUCAUUGAAUGGUGUUGCUCCUGAUCGGCACUCCCUUGGUGAGGCCAGCGAAGCCGCCUCCUUUGAUGACGAAAAUCCCUUUGAGCUAUCUGACGGUUUGCGGUGGUAUCUUCUCGAGGCCUCAGAGGAGAAGCCUGGUGCACCCGCUACGCCGGGACUCGCGAAGACUACUGUGGCAUCUACGCCCAUUGAUGCCAAAGGCAGUAUUCGCCUUCAACGCACGACCGAAGAGAACACCGUCGCCCAGACUCUGUCAAAGAGCUUAGAUAGCCGUCGCAACAGUUCUCAUUCCAAACGGGGUACACCGACACCAUCUCAAAGAGCCAACGACUCAACUGUCGAUCUGGUUCGCCCCGCUGAUGCUGACGCCGACCCUUCUGGCGCCGGCUUCCAGCGUGAAUCUGCCCCAAUGUUUGAAGAGGUUCGCCGUGACUUACUCCUCGGCCCGUGA